GCUUAUCAUUCGCCCGCGCCGGGUUCCCCAAGUGGCCCGAGCAUUGCGAUCGCAGGCGGUUGGCGGCUAUAUAAUUCCCCACUGGCAACCGCGUCUUUUCUUAAUGCUGACGGCUGACGCUGCCAUCCUUGCCAACAUCCCCCCGUUGGGGUGACACCCUGCAUCAUGAGCCUCUCUCGGUUACCUCGAGAGCUGGUUUUGAUCAUCGCCGAAUUUCUCGACUCGCAGCAUGCCAUCAAUGCCCUCGCGCGAACCAACCGCGCAUUCUUCGCCCAACUCAACGCCUUCCUGUACCGGUACCACGUGGCACACCAUGUCCCAGCCCCCGCCUUGACAUGGGCCGCCAGGCACAACAACUCCGACGUGCUGAAGAAGCUCCUGAGCGCGGGGGUCGAUCUAUAUUGUCCGUCCCUAUGGGGCGGUCGACCAUUUCGGGACCAUAGGACCAAGAUGGGCCCCUCGCACAGGCACCCGAUCUUCAUAGCGGCAGCAGCGGGGCACGCUGAAUUUAUCGAAACCUUGCUCGAUGCGGGGAUGAGUGACAGAUUGACCCCUUCCGACUUCAACGGCAUCAUGAUUCGUGCUGUCUCCCGAAAUCACGCCAACGUGGUCAGAAUGCUCCUGGCACGCGGGAUGAACCCGUGGUGCCCGGGCGGCGCUAUGCGUGAGGCUGCUCGCCGCGGUUACACGGUGAUUGUGCGAAUAUUGCUGUUAGAUGCCGAGCAGCGGAAAUACCAGCCGCCCUUCUUUGACUACCCGGAAAUCGGCGAAGCCUUGGUGGAGCUACUGGACAACCCGAAGCCAGGCCUUGAGGAUACGGUCAGCAUGUUGUUGGCCGCGGGAGUCGAUGGCAAUUUCCGCGGGAGGGAUAAGCGUAUCUCGCCUUUGUGCAUCGCAGCUGGGAGACGACAAGGACAGAUGUGUCGCCUGCUUCUGGAGUCGGGAGCGAAUCCCAAUUUCGCCAAUAGUGACAAGCAAGGACCCUUGGCGCGAGCCGUGGGGCAAUGGCUCGGGUCGCCAUCACAGGGCCAGAAAUAUCCACCCCAGGAAGUCCAGGACGAUAUGAUGAAGGUGGUCCGCCUGCUGUUCGAGUACGGGGCGGAUCCUGCCCGCGCCGGAGGGGGUUGGGCGUUGCACCGGGCGCUGCACAUUCGUCAUUACGAGAUGGCCCGAUUCCUGAUCGACAAGGGAGCCCGAAUUCGAAUCCCUGAACUGAGGCCUUCCGACCAAGCGACGUUGGAUCGAGCGGUGACGGAGUAUGAUUAUGAAACCGUGAUGAGCCGCACACCGCUGGGCUGGUCAGUGGUUAACCUGGGUCCCAAAAGGCAUGGAUCUGCAAGUCUCAGCCCAGGACCGAGGACAGAACCGCUAGAUGAGGUGCCGCUGUGGCGCAGGAGGGAUAGUAACCACACCAAUGAAGAAGAUACAUGAUGAUAAAAGAAGUGUACUACCUACCAUUCGGCUCCGAGUUUCAGCCGAUCCACCGCAACCGGGGUUGUCACUCAUGCACAGGCAUUGACCGUAGGCAAUGCUUCCUAUAGAGUCUACCAGCCUGAUCCUAGCUGUAGUCGGGCCUUCUUGAAGUCUAGGUGUAGACCUCCAAUGACGAAUGAUCCUGCAUCCUGAGCAGGGCCCUUACACCAAGCAACGUACACAACGUGUACAACGUGGAUCAGUUGUAUUUAGUAAUGUGCUGGGGCAGGGAUGAAUUUGGGCCGUUCCGAACUCCUUUCGGACCCCGGAUGACGGCGGGAAGCUAGCCUGUUCUCCGGGAUGAUUGGUGAUCCGAAGAGAAACCGGAG